AGAAAAGCCUUCCACUCUUACGCCAGUCAAUGUUGUUGGGUCGCAUGACCAUAGAUGGGGUAAACCCUCCUCCUCCAGAGGUCGCCGGGCAAGCCCAGCCUGUCUCUGUCUCACAACCAAUGACCAGCUCAGUUGUAACGCAGCAAGUAAUUACAGCCAGUGGUACCCUAACACAGCGGCCUUUCAUGGGUCCUCGACCCAUCAAUGUACCUCUUCAAACGCAACAAGUAAGACAAUGCACUUUUGAAAUGGCAUUCUUUGAUUAGGCACCAUUGUCAAUUUACUUUCCAAUAUUGAGAUUUUAUUUUCAAAGUGUUAAACUAAAUGGCUUCAUACUUUAUUGAUAAUUUUUUUCAUAAUAGAAGUUUCAUGUUUCGUUGUAUCUAUAAAAAAAAUUUUAUGGACCCCUAGUGCCGGUUAUUUCUCUAACAGCUCCUAAAAACGUGAAAAUCACCAAAAUAUGGAAGUAAUUUGUGGACCAACAUCAGACUCAUAACUGAGUCUUUAGCUUUCCUACUAUACAAGUCAGGUCUGUUUAUCUAACCUUUUAAUUGUCUUGAUGACUUGGUUUUGUGUAGGUACGUCCUUCGUUGGGUCCGUCGAGCAGCAAAGUAGCGCCUGUUCGUCAAACAAUGGCCCAAGUUGCGAUAGCGCCAGGUGGAAACAAAGUAGUAGUACAGGCAUCACCUCAGAUUCGACAACCAGUGCAGCAACAGAUGCUCAAUCAAGUUCGGCCUAA